CCAAGAGGGUGACAGUUUCUCCUCUUUUUGAUUUUUUUUUUUUUUUUUUUUUUCCCAAAAAUUAUUUUUUCAGGGGACACCUGAUGGCAGAAAGCUAUAGAGCUGGUGCCGUCUAAGAACAUUUGGUCAAAAGGUGAAUUUUUUCCCCCCACAGUCACCACCGUGAUGGAGGCUGCAGGCAUGGCGGCGUGACCCCCUCCUAAGCCCCGCCCCUCCAACAGAGGAAGGCUGCAGAGCUCUGUGUCAUGCCCCUCCACACUCACCCCCCAGGGGGCAUCGGCCGGCCCGUGGCCGCCGGCGCCGCCGUCUACCUGACCAGACCCGUCUUCCUCUGCGCCCUCUGCCUCCUGGCUGCGCUGCUGCUGCCGGCCUCCGCCUGCCCCCCUCCGUGCUUCUGCUCGUCGGACGGCCUGGUGGUGGACUGCGGGGGCCGGGGUCUCUCCUCCCUGCCUCCCCUGCACCUCCUGCCUCCGGGCAGCCGCUCCCUCCUGCUGGCCAACAACAAGCUGGCCUCGCUGGGAGCCUCCGCCUUCGCUAAUCUCUCCUCGCUGGAGGAGCUGGACCUCUCUAAUAACUACCUGGAUAAUUUACCAGCUGGAUUAUUCAGAGACAUGUCCAACCUGACGAGGCUGACUCUGCACAACAACUCACUCACAGUGACGGACAGAGACCUCUUCCAGGGUUUGGGUGGUCUUCAAAGCUUGGACCUAUCGCUGAACGGUCUCUCCACGGUUCCUCUGGGCCUGCUGGAUGAACUGCAGGGCCUCAGGUGGCUGUCUCUAGCUGGUAACAGGCUUCACGGCUUAGAGAGGGCGGCGUUCGAACCUCUGGCCAACCUGCAGCACCUGGAACUGGGACACAACCCCUGGGAGUGCGACUGCAACCUCCGCGACUUCAAACACUGGAUGGAGUGGCUGCUGUACAGAGGUGGGAAGGUGGAUGCGGUGGAGUGCACGCUACCGAAGGACCUGCGUGGGCGGGACAUCCGUGGCGUUCCGGUGGAAAUGUUUAACUACUGCCUCCAACUUGAGGAUGAGAACGGGGGAGGAGGUGACGGUUCGCGCUCUGGAGGAGGAGGAGGAGGAGGAGGGGGAGGUCCGCCCUGCAGCAGGAAUGCUCUUAACCCCAGCGGGGAAACGCCAAUUUCCGACAACAACGGCAACUCCGGCGACGACUCCUCCUCCAGCGCCGGCGGCGGCGGCGGCGGGGAGGCCCCGUCGGACUGCGUGCGCGCCCGCUACCGGCCCGUGAGCGUGCGCCGCGCCAUCGGCACGGUGGUGAUCGCCGGCGUGGUGUGCGGCAUCGUCUGCAUCAUGAUGGUCGCCGCCGCGGCCUACGGCUGCAUCUACGCCUCCCUGAUGGCCAAAUACCAGCGGGAGCUGAAGAAGAGGCAGCCGCUGAUGGGCGACGGGGAGGCGGACGGGGAGGACAGGGAGGAGAAACAGAUCUCCUCGGUGGCCUGAGGGGAGCGCCGGGACGAGGGAGG